CGAGGAGUUGAGUGGAACGUUUUAUACUGUUUUAUAUCAGUUGCAGCAAGUUGCAGUUGAUUGUAGAUCUUCCGAGUCGUGACAGAGUUUUUACACUGGAAUUGUUUGCAAAAGAACAACAAUUUUUUUUUAUUUAUACAAAAAUUUCAAUCGUUGCAUGAUUUACUUUAAAUUUACUUAGUAUUACAAAAUGGGGGAUGUUACACCAAGUGUAGAAAGCAAAAAGAAUCGCACACAUUUUGAUUUCUUUGCAGAAUAUGAAUUACUAGUUUCUGGUGGUAAGAAAAAUAAAAAGGAUGUAGCUUCAGCAAAUGAAGAACCAAAAGGCCCAAAGACCAGGAUACAAUAUAAUUUGCAUGAAGAAUGGAAUAAACUGGUAUCUGGUGGCAAGAAAGGAACAAAAGCUAAAACUUUAGCAGAAGCAAGUACUAACCAUCAAUCUAAAGUUUUAGAAAAACCUUUGCAAAAGAAACUUGUUUAUAACCAAUCAAGACCUCAGAGAGAAAAUAAGCAACCAAAUAAAACUUUAAACUUUGGAUUAAAAAGGAAUUUAGAUAUAGAGCAAGACAGUAACCCAAUAAAAAGGAAAAAGGUUGAUAGUGAUGUAACAGAUAAUUCUACUUCAAAGUUAAUAGGAUCAAUUACUAUUAAUUCAAAAUCCAAGGCAAAAAAGAAACUCUUUGGUAGUUCCAGUUCUGACAUUUUGAAAAGAAAAUCAUCAACUCCUGGAUCCCAUAGGAAAAGAGCAGCAGCAGUUAAAUUGGCUUUAUCCCAAAAAGAAAUUGAACCAUGCUAUGAAUCUGAUUCCAGCGAUGUAGACCAUGCUUCUAUGUCGGAGUUUUUAAAAUUGGAAAAUGAAUGCUCCACGAAUAAUAUUUCGCCGCUUUCAGCUCUUAGCAAUCAGCUGCAAAAAACGAACAUUACCAAGCAGACAUCUAAGAAUUUAAUGGAUACGAUCAAUGAAAUAACGGUGAAAUUAGAAAAUGAUUUUAAAAAGUUCAACCAGACCUACACGAAAGGGAUCGACGAAGUCAAAAAUCAGCUACUGAAACUGGAAGAGAGCAAGUCUAUAUUUUAUUCAGGUUUCGUGCAGAGCAUGAAGGAAUUGAAUGGUCUAAAAGGAAGUCUGGAUAAAACCGAUGUCGAGAAAAUUAAAUACAUCUGUACACCAAAGUUGAAGAGUGAAAAUUUAAGAGUGGCAACAUUAAAUAAAAAUUUAAGCAAAGCCGUAAAUGAGAAUACAACGCCUGAUCGGAAUAUGAGAGAAGCCGUGAAAUUGUACAACUCAUUUAAAAGCGACCUGGGCUCUCCGAUUCUUGAUAGGGCCAAUUUACAGACGCCAUUGACUACUUCCAAGAGAUAUAUUGCCGUUAAAUUGCAGAAACAGUGCUUAAUGCUGUGUGAUACUCCUUCAAAGAUAUAAUUUAUUCAUAUUUGUUGUUUUGUUUUCAUAUUUUUUUCUUGAUUAUUUAUUUUGUAAAUUUAUAACUAAUUGUAAAAAAAAAAUGACUCGUAAUACGAGUGACUGGUUGCGGCCCCCUCAAAAUUUCUAUAUAUUUUUGCGUCCCACGAUGUGCCAAAUGAGACUUCUCUUGUUGAAUUCACGUCAAUGCUAUUCGCAUGCAAGAGUUUAUCUGGAGUCAAUUAUGUAGUUUUUUUUUAAUAUUGACCAUUGUAGAAAAUUCCUUUUCACACAGAUAUGUGGUAGCAAAGGCAAUAAAACAGGUUACGAAUAUGUAUCCAAAAUUGCA